CAUUAAAAGCUAAAGCUAGAUCUGAUUUAACUACUAAUACAUAUCAAUGAUGCAUAUACCUAUUGGAUAUAUUAUAACAGGAUACCUCUAAUGCCAACUAACCUAGAUCUCUACCUCCUAAGUGAAGGCCGAUAGACUACGGACUAUGAGUCACGCCAUUUAAGCUAACCAAGCACGACAUAUUAAUACCACAUCUACCUGACCUACCUAGGUAUGUAUAUGCGUAGGUAUAUAAAACAGCGUCAAAGACUUGCUUCUCUGAAUUAUCAACCAUCAGCUACGGACAUCCAAUCUAACGCAGCAUCUACAAAAUGGCAGCUUCCACAGCUACCACCCCGCUCGUCGAUCAUAUCGUGAUCCUAGUCCCCCACUCUUUCCUCUCGGCCCCACCCUCGUGGUUCUCGGAGGUCUUCCACUUUCACUCCGGGGGUCGCCACGCCGACGGCCGCACGGAGAAUUCACUCGUGUACUUACCUGACGGCGCAUACCUUGAAUUCAUCGCCUUCGUGCCGGGCAUCGACCCCGCCGACCGAGCGACGCAUCACUGGGGAUCGAAGAAAGAGGGUACGGUCGUAGAUUGGGCCGUCACACUGCCUUCGACUGCGGAAGAUGAGGCCGAACGAGAACAGGAAGGAGCAGGAAAGGGAGAUGGGAGAGAAUUGAGAUUGGAGAAAUUGUUCCGCGAGGUUCAGCGCAAGGUCCGGGAGCAGAAUACGGGGAUCGUGUACGGCGACUUGAGACGUGGCGGCAGGACAAAACCGGAUGGCGCGAUUUUGAAGUGGAGCGUUGCAUUUGCGAAGCGUGAGGACGGCGAGCCGCUUGAGUUGGGGACUGUUCCAUUUUGGUGUCUCGAUGUCACGCCCCGACAUCUAAGGGUCCCGUUCGAAGAGCCAGGGAACGCGAAACACCCGUCCGGCGUCGUGGGUGUGGCCAAAGUCGAAGUCCAUCCCGAAUUAUCACAGACGGCGGAACGAGCUAAAGGAGUUUAUAAUGCACUAUUCGAAGAGAAGCAGGCUGAAGACGAGUGGAAGCUUAGUAGUCUAGCCGGCGAGAAGGUGCACCCUGGAGCUGUUGUGAGUCUGGGUGCAUCGGACAACCCAGCAAAGAUCGAUAUCACCUUUUUUACGGAUGAUGAAAGUUGGGCUGGGAAAUCGGUAGGUGGGAAGAUUGAUGGGGAAAAUACGCUUACAUUCCACCUCGUCGCUACAUCUAAAGGCAAGUGAUACCAAUGCGGUUUCAUGGAUCUCAUAUACUAGGUAUAUAUCGUAUGACUUAUAGUGCUCUAUUUCUCUAUUGAGGUUAUUUUAGGUAUUAGGUAUCUAUAUCAAGUAUAUGCC